AUGAGGAGAAAUCCCAGAAGACAGUGUCGCGUUGCCGAAUGUGACCUCGCACGCCCAACACCUUCGCGGCCUGCUCUGGUCUGCGCCACGACGGGGGACUGUAUACCUGUUGCUCCUCCAGCCCUGAUGACAUCCAGUGGCGCAGCCAUCGUCGGGUCGCCUUUGCCGGCCACUUCGUCUACAACACCGAUGAGGAGUGGCCGCCCACCACCGGCUCGCUUGGAAUCCUCGGGGGUUAAUCCCCCGCCUACGGCUCCCGCAACCGGUGGUGUAGUGCGCCGCAUGAGAUGGCAUUUAUUAAAUGAAAGUGUCAUGCGGGCCUACUUCGGGGCGACAGAGGGUGGAACCAACCUAACGGCGUAUCGGCCUAAGAUGCUGUCUUUGUUUCAGACCCUUCACCCAAGUGUGUCUGUGACUGCCCAACGUCUAUCGGAUCAAGUGCGGGUCAUACAACGGCGUCACCUGUUAGAUGACUCUGUACUUGAGCGACUCCGUCACGAAGCGCGACCCCUUCACAAUGCAGCUGAAGUACGUAGUGUUGCACCUGUGGCCCCCGUGGCUGCUGAUGUGCUAACGGAACCACCAAGUGAAGAGGCGUUUGCUGGGACUGGUAUCACGUCCAAUGAAUAUAUGCCAAGAGUCAUGGAACGCAUAGACUUCUGGAAACAAAAAGUGUUCGCAUGGGCUAAUCGCCUAAGAAGGUAUAAAGAAAGAUCUGAGAGAUUUAUUCAAAAUCGCAUAUUCCAGAGAGAUCAGAGGUGUAUUUACCGUAUCUGGGAGCAACCACAAAGCCAGGGACUUGAUUUACAGCGACCAGAUGCUACUGUGACUACUGCGUUUUGGAGCGGUAUCUGGUCGGUGCCAAUCGAGCACACUGAAGGCGAGUGGUUGAAUGUUGUCAGACGCUCGUGUGAAGCGGUUACCGAAAUGGAACCUGUAGUUAUUACAGGUUCUGACAUAAGUGCUGCAAUUCGUUCGGUUCCUAAUUGGAAAAGUCCGGGCCCGGACGGACUGCAGAACUUUUGGCUAAAAUGGUUCCGAAGUUCGCAUGAGCGCCUGGCAGCUCAAUUUCAAUUGGCAAUAGAAUUAGGCACGCUCCCAGAUUUCAUGACAUCAGGUAUAACACAUCUGAUCUAUAAAUCUGGAUGUUCUACGGACCCUAAGAAUUACAGACCAAUAACAUGCUUGCCUACCAUCUACAAGCUCCUUACAUCCAUUCUGAGAAUCAAAAUUGAAGCACAUAUUUGUACAAAUAACGUUUUGUCAGCAACUCAGAAUGGAUGUAAGGUUGGGUCCCGUGGUACCAAAGAUUGCCUCCUCAUUGAUAUGGCUAUUUGCCAACAGGUUAGACGAAGUAAAAAGAACAUUUCUAUGGCCUGGAUUGAUUACAAGAAGGCUUAUGAUUCGGUGCCCCAUGGAUGGUUAAGUAAAGUGCUGGAAGUGUAUAAAAUACAUCCUACACUUCGCACUUUCCUUAACUCAUGCAUGGGACAGUGGACCACAAGCUUUUCCAAUCCAGGGCAGGUAAACCUUUCUACUUCCUCUAGCCGGAUUGGAAUCCGGCGUGGCAUCUUUCAAGGUGAUAGUCUGAGUCCAUUGUGGUUUUGCUUGGCUCUGAACCCUUUAAGCACACUGCUAAAGAGUUCAGAGCUAGGUUACCGUCUACGUAGAGGGGGCGAGAUCAUAUCACACCUUUUGUACAUGGAUGACCUCAAGUUGUACGCAUCGAAGAAGUCUGACUUAAUGACUUUGCUUAAAAUUACCGACGAUUUUAGCAGAGCCAUUGGUAUGACGUUUGGAGUGGACAAAUGUGCGGUCAUAAAUGUACAAAAGGGGAAGGUUGUAGCUUCUGAGAAUCUACAGCUUACUCAGGAUGUGUCUCUCGUUUCCCUCUCGGAGAAUGAAAGCUACAAAUAUCUCGGUAUGUCGGAAGCAUUAGGUAUUAAUGACAAAGGUAUGAAACAUCUGGUGAAAGAACGGUUCUUUUGCCGCCUGAAAAAAGUUCUAAAAAGUCUUUUAUCGGGUGGGAACAAGUGCCGUGCUUUUAACAGCUGGGUCAUGCCAGUCUUAGCCUACUCUUUUGGCAUACUGAGAUGGUCGCAGACAGAACUGGAUGCCUUGGAUAGAAAAGUUCGUCGAUUGCUUACAGCAUACCGGAUGCAUCAUCCACGUUCGUCUGUAAUGAGGUUAUACAUCCCGCGGAAACAUGGGGGUCGUGGCUAUUUAAAUGCCAAGACCCUGCAUAACCGCGAGGUGCACAAUCUUAGGGAAUAUUUCCUUAAGGUGAACGUGGGAAUGUAUCAGGAUGUUGUAGCAAUGGACAAAGGAGUCACGCCGCUUUCCUUGGCUACCACGAAUUGGCGAAGGUUACCGGUACUAAGUGUCUCAGACCGCAUUAGUGUAUGGAAGAGCAAGGAGUUACACGGUAGGUUCCAUCGCGCCUUAACAGGGCCUGAUGUGGACCAAUUAUCCUCCGUGGCUUGGCUGCGCUUCAGCAACCUCUUUGGGGAAACUGAAGGUUUUGUCUUUGCAAUCAUGGACGAAGUCAUCGUAACGAACAACUACCGAAAACAUAUUCUAAAGGAUGGUACGAUUGACAUUUGUCGGGCAUGUCGUCGUCCCGGUGAGUCUAUUAGACAUAUCGUUUCCGGUUGUUCUCGACUUGCGGACGGUGCAUACUUGCAUAGACACAACCAAGUGGCCAAGAUUAUCCAUCAGCAACUUGCCCUUAAAUAUGCUCUUGUGGAUACUGAGGUACCUUAUUACCAAUACCAACCUUCACCUGUUCUGGAAAAUAGCUAUAUCACGCUCUACUGGGAUCGAUCUAUUAUUACAGAUAGGACUAUUACUGCCAAUAGACCCGAUAUAGUAAUAAUAGACCGGUCUGAGGGUUGUGUAAUGUUAGUCGAUGUCACUAUUCCACAUGACGAGAAUCUCGUGAAAGCUGAAAAAGAAAAAUUACUAAAAUACUUAGACUUGGCUCACGAGAUUACCGCCAUGUGGCGUAUGAAAUCGACUACCAUUAUUCCGAUAGUCGUUUCGACUUUAGAAAAGUCGUGUCAAAAUCAUGGUUACCAUACGUUCGGAGGUCAGCGCGGUCAGGGGCCGACACGAUCCUUGUCGACAGGCACGCGGCCUUCUUCUUGCGGAAUCUUCAGAUAA